UCAUCUUUUGUUGGUGCUAUUGCUAUAGGAGAUCUUAUAAAAAGCACUCUUGGUCCCAAGGGAAUGGUAAUUAAAAAUUUUACAUUUUAAUUCGAAGAGUUUUGCAUACAUUUUUGUAUGCAAACAGUUUUUUUCUUAGUUCAUUUGGCCAUUAAUGUUGUGCAGUUAAGUUUCUUCUUGUGUAAUAUGCCAUUCCAAACGCCCUCACUCUUAAAAUGACACUAAGGGAAAUUUCUGUCCUGUGAAAAAGGAUGUAAUUUGCAUGAGUAUAAGAUACUGAUUUUAUAUCAAAGACUUCACUCUCAGCCUCAUUUUGAAUAAGAUGCUAGAGGCAACUUGGAAAUGGGCCAUUGAAUGGUUGGCGUGUGUUUCGGCAUGGUGUUGCUAUUUCCUUAAAAUGCUCGUAGUAACACCAAAAUGCCAUAGUGGAACCCUUGCACAAUGUUUGGAACUAGCUUGCCUUCACUAAAUCUAAAUGUUAGUGUAAAUCAUAAUCAUUUAAGUGCUUAAUGUAAGUCACUAGGCUAAGAAAACUGCUGACAUUCUGCGAUGCCACCACUUGUUUUCUCACGAAAUGGCAAUUGAGGAAGAGUGCAGAAAUUCCUUUCUGAUGACAUACCACUACCCAGUUCUGGGUGGUGCUUCAACCAAUCAGAAGUACCACCCAGAUCAUCAGUAUAAAAUUUCUGUGCUUGUUUCUCUGACGUCAUUUCAUGGGGAAACCAGUGAUGGGUGUCCCAAAAAGUUGGCUACUUUCUCAGGUUAGUAAGCCGCAUAUGCAGGGUUUUCUUGCUCUUUGUACUUAACGCUGUACAUUGCAAGUACAUAUAUAUAUUCACUUUGAUCAGUAUGAAAAAUGUGCACAAAAAAUGUUUACAGUAUAUUAUAUUUCAGUGGAAGUAUAUUUCUGUUGUGGAUGUUGCUUUUGUAGGACAAAAUUCUCCAGUCUUUUAGCAAGAAUGAAGAAAUUCAAGUCACGAAUGAUGGAGCAACAAUUCUAAAAUCUAUUGGAGUGGACAAUCCAGCUGCAAAAAUUCUUGUUGGUAAGUGAUUACUCAGUAAUCUGCUUACCGAAAGUACCAAAAUGCAUUUCCUCUAAAUACAAAACAUAGUUUGGUAAAAUCUUCUUUUAAUUUAUUUACAUACGUGGUCAUUAUGAUGUUAGGAACUAGUUGUAUUUAGCAGACUAAGAUUAUGACAUAUAUUCCAAUCUUAUCAAAACCUGCAUGACCUUUGUGAUGCAGGGUGUAUGGGUUAUGCAUGUGGGCAUUACAAAGGGACUUAGUGUUGUUCUCCAAUAAUAUUAUUAUCAGGGCUUGGAUUUAAGGUUACUGGAUACAUUGAGAUUAGAAGUUUUGUUUACAUUUUGAUUGUUAUCUUCAAAAAUAAUAAAGUUCUGAGUAUUGAUCUGUCUUCUGAAGAAAAAUGUUUUGACUGCAUGAUGUUAAUUUCCAGACUCUAAAUCUCAACCCAAUUAUUUCGUAUUAUCUCUCGGACAUACACGCAAACUGAUACCCCCACCAUGGUACAGUAAACACCUGCAUAUAAGAACAAAUGGAUUAAGAACACCAGGCUGAAAUUUGGCCAAUAAAGCCCCAUUUUUAUAAGAACAAGAUCAGCCUGAAAAUUGUAACAUGUUCUUAUAAAAUGGAAAAAGUGUCAUAAUUACAAAACAUGUAAGUUUAUGUUUGCUGUCAGAUAACUUCAUUUGUUAAUAUAAUCAAAUUACAGAAUAAUUAUUUAUUUUAUUUUCCUAAAAUAUGUUAAAUAUACCUCUAGCAACAUGUUUUGGAUAAUAUUACUAAAUAAAAAUUUAAGAACAUUUUAAGAACAUUUUGAGGCUGAUUUGUCGUUAAGCACCUGAUAAAUAAGAACUCAAUCAGCCUGACCUCCGAAAUCGUGUGUUCGUAUAUGCGGGUGUUACUGUAUUUCAAAACAAUUUUACCUUUAGUGGAAAGCCUUUGAUCUGGUUAACAAGAUGAGGUAUAUUUUAUGGGUGGUGGCACUGCUGAAGGCCUGUGACCAAAAAUGGUUGCCAUCUUGGCUGCCAUCUUAGAUUUUACCAAGAAUUUGAAAUCAGGUUAAAACCGUGAGAAAUGGUAAUUUUUUGUGCUUUACAUGAAAAAUUACUCAUAAAUAAGCACUUUGCAUGAUUUUAGCAACAAGAUUUAAUUUUAUUGUUGAAAGAAGUUGAAAAAACGUGUAUUUUCACACAAAAAAUAAUGUCUUGACCUCCUGCUACUUAUGACAUCAGAUCUCGUAACCAUAGCUACUGACCAUCACUAACAAAACAAACAAAAUGUUGUUAAUACCAGAACGUGGUUUUUUUAUUGCUAGUUUUUUUUUUAUAUUGAUGUUUUUUCUCUCUGUUUUGUUGCCCAAAGAGCUGUCGAAAGUGCAAGAUAAUGAAGUUGGUGAUGGUACAACAAGUGUCACAGUCUUGGCUUGUGAAUUACUCAGGGUAUUAUUAUCAGUAACUGAUUAUUUUUAUACCCUUACCAUCUUGGACAAAAAUGUUUAGAAAAAUGGACGUUAUCAUGUCCAGUUUUAAGGAAAGCUCUUGAAAGCAUUGUCGACUACAAAUACUCCCGCUCCCCACCCCCUCCAAAAAAAAAUGUUGAAUUUCAGCUGGAUCAUUUCUGAUCCUGACUCGACAACUUUGACCAGGGUGGGGCCAGGGGAGGGGCCAUAGCAGUACCAAUUCUGUGGAUAGGUGUUCUGUGGGUAAGAAAGUACAAAAUUCUUAACACUUUUUGUCCAAGGUUGUAGCUAGAACCAAAUAAACUUUGCUUCUGGAAUGUGGAAUUCUGAAUGAGUAACUCGGGCAUUUCAGUAAAAAGGUAAGUUGAGACUCCCCUAGGUGACCAUGCACCCAAAAUACAUGUACAGUGUACAAAGAAAGUAGUGUCCGAUAGCCCAGGGCUAGUGGAUUUUGCUAUUGGGCUAGUGAAUUCUGUUCUUAACUUGCUCAACAGGCAAGUGAAGUAUUUUGAGGAAUUCAACUUACAGAAGAAGUGUGAAGUCAAUUCUGCCCAUCAAAAAAUUUGGGGGCUAGUUGAAAUGACGUUUGGGCACGUAAAUGGUAGCUUCAGCUUGCCCGACUGGCAGGCUGUAAAAAUGACUUUCUUUGCGCCCUGAUAUACCGUGAUCUUUGAUGACCCCCAUUGAACCUCUUCACAAUUUAUGGCCAACUUGGACAGAAGAAUCCUGUAAAAGAAGAAUGGAUGUACAGUGGAACCUCUCCUUGGGGACACCUCCAUCUUUGUAUUUUAUUACCUCUAUUGAAGUGACACCUCUAUUCAGCUGGGAAAAGAGACACUUUUUCUUGGUCCCAAAACCUGGGUUAAACCUCCAUUCAAGGGAUACCUUAGCAGACCACAAAAAUCUUUGAAUAGUUUAAGUGUUCACUGGUCAAACUGGCGACAGGUUUUAAAACAUGAACUAUUUCACUUAAAAAUCGAUGUACUGCACUUGUAGGAAUUCCAGUGCUGGAAAUUACUGUAGGACAUCGGACAUUGUCCGACCAAAAUGCUGUACAUGUAAAUGUCCGACUAAUAUUGUAAUAUGUUUAGACAUGAUGCCCUAGCAGUUAAUUGACUUAGCUGUUGUCUUAGAAGGUUUUUUUACAUCCCUGAGUUUAUUUCGAAAACAUUAAAAGGUAAAACGCUAUGAUAAAAAAAUAAACUUUGCAUUCCAGUGAAAGACUCUCUAUUUUGAGGAAACUCGAAAGUGUCUACACGCAUUGUAACAACUUGUCUUCCACUCUCUUUGUUAGGGAAUUACUGGGCUCUACUGUCCGUGUAUGGAAAUCUAAUUUAUGCAACUGAAAACACAUGCUUUGGAACUAAAAGUAAGAGUGAUGUAGCAAAACACAAAAAGCAUUCCCCAAACAUCAAUUAAAUUUGAACAACAUUUCAAACCAAUAUUUCAUUUCCCUGAAUUACGCCAGCUUCCAGCAUCUGAACAAAAAGUUCAUUCAAGCCAAAUGGCAGGAAGCGGUCAUUUGCAUUAAAUACUGGUUUCUUUUUUAAACCUUGAGAUUUUUGCAAAUUGUGUCUAGAAUCAUGAGAAUUUCGAGGGAAAGAUUAUUUCUUUUAAAAAAAUAACAAAGUCGCCAAUGUGAACAACAGGUUCUUGAAAGCGAUUACCCAGAAUCAUUGCUUGUGUUUUCUUGGCAUGUAACAUCAAGAGAUUUGAGGCAAACCAGGCUGAAAGCAUGACUGUAUUUACUCAAAUUAGCGUGGCCCUUGAAUAAGUGCCACCAAGAGUCAUGCCCUGUUAUAAUGAAAAUCAAAAGAUGUUAAUUCUGGUUGAUUAAUACUUGAUUAAUAUUGCAAAUAACAAUGUCAUAGUAAAAACAAUUCUUUAUCAUGUCCAACUUUGAAAUAACUGCCAUGAGUGCCGCAGCACUUAUUCGAGUAAACACUAUACAUGUAUGCUAAUUAAUGUCUGACCAAUUUUCGAAUACAUGUAUGUCCUUUCAAAAUGAAGGUUUGAAAGGACACAUGUCCUUUCAAGUAAGAACAAGAUGCACAAGUGCGUGAACCUGGCCUUCUUUUAGUUCAUAAAAUGAUAGGGUGCCAGGGAAAAAUGUGCAAUAUGCAGUGAUGCACUACAACCCAUAUGAACUUUGAUGAUGAAUUGAUAAUGAGUGAAUGGAAAGGAAAUACUAUUGGCUAGCAAAUCAGACUGGAAAUUAGACUCGAACGUUCCAAAGGGGUGUACUUGACCAUGACUGCAUAAUGCUUCAAAGUAGUGUUGCAGCUAGUUUUCUCUUUUUCUUUUUUCUUCAGUCACAAUCUUAAGUAGUAAACUAAUAUUUUGUGGGAAAAAUCUUUGAAAUAACACCCUAUUUGAAAAGAAAGAGAACAUAAUGGUUGGAAUAAUUAUGCCAGGAUUUUAAAUUCAUUCUGGUUGCUGAAGUGUUUAUUGUACAAGCUAAAAUUACUACAAAGCAGUAAAACAAAAUACCCUUGUGUAUCUCGUUGAGGAUAAUCCCGAAACCAACUUAAAAGACAGAAUUAUAUUGUAAUCGAUUUGUCGAUCUUUUUAAUUACAAGUUUGAAUGUACAGUAGCUGAACACAGUGAAGAGAAAAAUUUCUAGCAUAGAUAAUUUUGACAUUUCUAGUAAUGUUGGAUCAAUCAAAAUGGAGUUUUGCUAGAUCGAAAUUUGCCCAUUUUUUAAAAAGCUAUAAGCUUAUAUGUUAUCUUUGAUUUAAUUUAACAAUGAGAUGUUGUUUGAUCGAUCAAAAUCAUGUCGAAUUUUAGCAUCAAACAACUCUACAUGCUUUACAAACCUGCCACUUCCGUGCGAGCUCAAUACAAGUUAAUCCAUAUAUGCCAAAAAAAGUCAAAAAAUAUUUCUUUCCAUCGAUAUAGUGAGUUUCCGUUUUUAUACCAAGACAGCCAGGAAGCACGAGACUUGGACCAAGCACAAAUUUCUGCGAUGAACAGUCAGAUUUGUUUGUUUUGAUAAAUGAAAAUUAAUGGAUCGAAACUGUAAUUUACUGCCACUUUCAUGCAAGUAGGUGCAAACUAUGCUAUAUUACUAAAUCAAAGCAAUUUCUCUGCUUUUAAAUUUUCUAAUGUGUCUCACUAUUUUGCAAUAAAAGCUAUAAUGCAUAAAAUUUCUAAGGUGUUUACAGUGACGUGUGUGGACAUGUUUUUACAGAUCAAACAGUCAAGUUGUACAAUUUAGCGCAAAAACGGUCCAUACGUUUUACAAAACUGCUUCUUCCUUGCAUCUUGGUACACGCUUACUCGCCAAAACAAAGCCCAAUAGUGUUUCUUCAACUGCUAUAUAAAUUCUCGUGACUUGCACUAAACAUGAAAAGUGGAAAUUACCCACCUUUUUAGCAUGUCUUCUUCUCGCAACCAGCAAUCGCAAUGCCAAUCUCGAUUAAACGGAUUGAGCCACCAUGUUUGUCUGACAGUUCCAGGAUACAUUAUCCUGGAGACAACGCAUGUCACUAAACAUUUUGACCAAAAUAAUUGUCGAUCUCGCAUAGAGGCAACAAAACCACAACGUUAACGCUACCGACUGACAAUAAAGCUGCCUUUUGUUCUCGACAACAUGUCAAGGAGAUGUUGCCUCUAACACAAUGAAUUUUCUGGAAAUCGAUCACGUGAUAUACCGCCAGUACAGCCAUGUGCUUUAAAGAGCAGAGGGCGAUUCAACGACGAAGGAAAAACCCAGGCCAUUUUAAAAGCCAUCUCUUCCUGAAAGGAAGGCCGGGUAAAAAAAUAAUUAUUUCCAGUGCUGGAAUUCAACACACAACAUCACAGAGAUAACUUAAUCAUAUGAUUUUUUUACAUAAUUUUAUCUAGCUCCUUGAAAUUACAAAGUAGAAUAAAAGAAAAAUAUUUUAUUUGUUGGUUAAUAAUUAACGAUCCCCAGCCCAACCUCCAUUCAUUUUGUUUUUGUAGGAGGCCGAGAAGCUAGUGUCGUGCAAAGUCCACCCACAGAUUAUUGUGUCUGGUUGGAGGAAGGCUGUGCAAGUUGCACAACAAGCCCUGGAGGCUGCAGCAGUUGACCAUAGCAGCGACGAAGAGAAGUUUAAGGAAGACUUGUUGAACAUCGCAAGAACUACCCUCAGCUCUAAGAUUUUGAUGCAGCACAGAGAUCAUUUUGCCAAUCUUGCUGUUGAAGCAGUUUUGAGGCUUAAGGUAAAAUCAGCAAUGAUUUUUUAUGUAGAAUUUAGGAAAAUCAUAUUGCAAGAACACAAUGUGAGAUCAUUUUUGUUGACAAACUUUCCUUGUUCAGGGCAGUGGCAACUUAGAUGCAAUUCAGAUCAUCAAGAAACUUGGUGGAAACCUUGUUGACUCUUACCUGGAUGAAGGUAACCAUUGUAGGCCUAAACUCAAUUCCAACUUUUACUGUUUCAAGUACAUGUGAGAACUUGCCAGUACAAUUGCCUUGAAAGCUAACUGUUUAAUUAAACUUGCUCUUACAGAGUUUAACAGUUGCUUUAAUUUAUCCUAUUUCCUAACUUAUUCACUUCAAAUUAAAACAGGAUUUUUACUGGACAAGAAAAUUGGUGUAAACCAACCAAAAAAGAUGGAAAAUGCAAAGAUUCUUAUUGCAAACACAGCUAUGGAUGCAGAUAAAAUCAAGGUAGGUUAUUAGUGUUUAAUUGUUGUUACUUGUGUGGCUUCAUUCCUUUGUAUCAAGAGUAAAGAAUACAAAUAACAAAGUGACAAAUCAAUUUUAAAUGAUGGAGAUAAUUAUUUUUAAUCAAUGUUGAUUAACCAAUAUAAGUCUUUAAGAAAAAUGUGCAAUGUGCAAAAGCAAAUCCUACAAUAAAUAUGCAGUGGGCCUGACUUAAGUUGUUUAAUUUUUUUGCUUCAGUAUUAUUCUAUCACUGUUUUAUUAAUCUCAUAGAUUUUAAAGUGUGUUUACAAUGUUUAUGUCACUGAGUACACCUUGAUUGAAAGGAUACCUAAAUUUUUAUUCCACUGUUCAGAAGGUUGAAAACAGAAAAUUUAAGGAAGCUGUCUUGUCAGCCCCUAGAUAAAUGUAGAAUAUUGCGCCCAUGGCUGGCAAAUCCCUCAACCCAGCCAUGAGCACCCAUUCCAGGUACCCGUCACAUUGAUGAAACAGUGGAAGGAAGAAAAAUAAUGGAUGGGAGUUGGGGGAAGACACUAAAUGAAACCACUCCACAGACCGCUGCACAAACGCUCAACAAAGAACUCUAAGAUCCCAGCAGUGUACAAAGCUAUCACGUACCAUGUGAGCGUACACUUAUGGAAUUGACUGCUGGAUGCCUGCUAAGCUCGUGGACCACUUGACCGCUAUUAAAGCUUGUGGACCGUUUGACCAUGAAGCUUGUGGACCAGUUAAACGCUAUAAGCUGUGAACUUCUUGACUGCUAUACUUGUGAACCGCUUGACCGCUAAGCUCGUGAACCACUUGACUGCUAUUCUUGUGAACUGCUUAACACUAAGCACGUGAACUGCUUGACCGCUAUACUUGUGAACCACUUAACCGCUAAGCUCGUGCACUGCUUGACUGCUAUUUUUGUGAACCGCUUGACCGCUAACCUUGUGGUGGUUAACUUAGUUAAAUUACAGUUAACCAAAUAAAAAAAUCAGCUUUGUUUUCACUUGACUGUCGUAAAACCAAAACCAAAGUAAAUACACUAGCCAACCAAAGGGCAUAGUAAAACCAAAACCAAAACCAAAACCAAAACCAAUCCCUUUCGACAGUCAAGUGAAAACCGCUCUAAUAUUUAUUUCUCCUAAAGGUAUUUGGUUCCAGAGUUCGGGUUGAAUCAACUGCAAAGGUAGCUGAAUUAGAGCUUGCUGAAAAGGUUGGUAUUCUCUUUCAUUAUUGGUUUGAAAUAAUUUUUAUUUAGUGUUUCUUUAGUACAUUUGAAUUAGGAAUUUAUUUUGAUGUACAUGAAUUGUAUAGCUCAAAAAUAAAAUUUUGUUUGUUUUUCUGUAGCAAAAGAUGAAAGAAAAGGUGGAAAUGAUUCUUAAACAUGAUAUUACUUGUUUUAUCAAUAGGUAUGUUGAAGCCUGUUUAUUAGGGUACUUAACAAAUUAAUUAAUAAACAGAGAAGUUGUUGUCCCCUGGCUUCUUCUUUAGCAAAUAACAUACAUGUAUAAACAACAGUAAACAAAGAAACGAUAAAUAUAAUAACUAGCAGAAAUGAGAUGUUUUAAGCUGUGAAUUCACAAUGAUCCGCAAAGAUCAGCACAAUAAUUUCAUUACAUGAUCACAUUACUAAUAACUGAUGAGAAUAUGUUUUUCUUCACUUUAAGGCAACUUAUCUAUAAUUAUCCUGAACAGUUAUUUGCUGAUGCUGGAGUUAUGGCUAUUGAACAUGCUGACUUCGAAGGUGUUGAGAGAUUAGCCCUCGUGUUAGGUAAGUUUAUUCGGUAUGUAUAUCAAUAGUGCUGCCAGGAUUACUUAUGAACUGUUGUUUUCCCAUCCCAGUUGAUGUUUGACAACAAUUGAAUUGACAUGAAAUUUGUUGCAGCACUACACACACACAAUAGAGUGACUUGCACAUAGAGUGACCAUGGUAGGACUAUCAGCAGCUUAGUCAGUAGAGCCCUUGACUGCCGAGCAUGAGGUCAUUGGUUCGAUUAAAAAUACUCAGGGUCUUUAUAAAAUAACAAAAUAAAAAUACAGUAGUGUCCCCAGUUAGUAUUUUCUUGCUAAAUAUGUCGACACAUUGACACUCAAAAUGUUCUUCUUUUUUUGCAUUGUGUAAAACAGACAAAAUGUAUCCAUAUGAAUGUAUGAGAUUAAAGAAUGUGUUUCUCUAUGCACUGAUUCAUGUUGUACAUUUAGGUGGUGAAAUUGUAUCAACAUUUGGCCAUCCUGAGUUAGUGAAACUUGGGGAGUGUAAAGUAAUCGAGGAAGUUAUGAUAGGAGAGGACAAGGUAUGUGUUACUUGUUGUUACCUCACCUGACACCUGCUCUUGUUUAAAUUUUUUUUAGUUAUUUAUUAACCAAAGGUUUUCUGCAAAAGACCUCUGUAACUUUUCUUGGACUGCUAGCUUCAGCUGAUAAAUUGCCAUGUGAAAUAAGGGAAGUUUGACAUGACAUCAGAAGUUACUGUGCACCUUUUAAACUCAUCGCCAAUUGAUGAACUUGGGAACUGGUGCCUUAAAAGUUAGCGGGGAAGGGCCCGAGAUAAUUCAGGCACCGCGGGGAGGUCUCCAUGGCAACCUGGCAAGCGGGAACUACCCCAGUAGCGGCCGCUAACAGGCACCGUCACACUGAAACUAGUCCAGUGGAAAUACUUACCUAACCCGAUACUUACCUCUGCAAUCGAGAAGCCCUCUGGGAAGGGAGGGUGGGGCUAAUGAAUCCGCAAAGAUUCGCUCCAAGAAGCAGUGAUCGCAACGAUCGCUAGCAAGCAAGGCUGUACGUAGUUUGCCCCUGCGAACUCCAAAGGGGCGCCCCCACGGAUCAUGUGCAAACUGGGCGAGACCGCUGGCAGCAUUAGCUCGAGAUUAAUCUUGCCUAAAUUACAUUUAGCCACAUUUAAACUCAUCGCCAAUUGAUGAGCUUGGGAACUGGUGCCUUAAAAGUUAGCGGGGAAGGGCCCGAGGUAAUUCAGGCACCGCAGGGAGGUCUCCAUGGCAACCCGGCAAGCGGGAACCACCCAUCUUCUCCGGGGCUUGGAGACCGGAGGUUCCCGAUGGUCGGGCAACAUGGAACCUCUGAACCUUCCCAAGAGACUCCAAGCACCGCUAAGCCCAGUAACAGAUAGCUGGAUGCCAUAGAGGAGAACCAAACGAAAACAAGCCUACCCUACACCGGCCGGCGAUGAUGGGCUACAAGGACCACCUUGGCAAGCAAAGGCCAAUCAACCUAGCUUCUGAGAAAGAGAUGCUAGGGCCGCAGAGGGAGUUCUGAUGUAAGACUGAAAGGCAUUGCUUCUCAACCACCCCAGCUCCUGAAUUAAAUGAUCUGGAAUACCAUUGCGGCCAGCAACGGUGGCUGCCCCUACUCGGAAGCUGUGGCUUGAAAAAUUACCAGAAAUUCCAGCAGAGGCCAUGAUUUGCCGAAGCCAGUUGGUGAGUAGAGUACGCAAGAGAGGUUGCCCGUGUUGACAAAGAAACAGAGGGCCCGGCCCAUCACCCCGGAUUGCCAAAUAGGCCAGUAACGCGUGAACAGCGCAUAGGGGAUACUUGCCAAGGCCAAUAUGAAUGGAGCAGCCCUUACGGAAUGGAUCUGUCUUGGAAGCCUUGAUCGAUGCACGAGGGAGCUGUGCUGGAGUCCACUGCGAGAUCCUGCACGCCCAAAUGAACCGAGGGGGAGAAACUUGCCAAAGAAGGGACCGUAAAUUCCGCGGACCGCAGGAACCCAAAAUACCCCAGCGUGCAUGCCACCCAAAACAUACAAUGAUCAGGGAGCUGCAAAUUUAAGGACUUCCAAAUAACUAGCAUGAGUUCAUCUGUAAUUGGCAAACAACUAGAUGAGGGGGAGCCCUGUGUGCCACGAAUGACACGCUGCAAGCGAAGACAGUUGUGAAGAGGAUCCGCAAAACCUUGUUCGAUAUGAAGGGCUCUCACCCCAGAGAGAUACACUUAGAUGGAAGAGUGGUGAAGGGAACCGGCCAAAAACGUAGCAAACAAGCAGGAGCGUCCAUUCAUCUGCCGGACAGGGAGACCCCGACGAGUGGAUCCUGCCUAACUGACGGCAGAAGGACAAGAACUGGGACUGAGCUGUCGCAUAUGACUUGCGGGUAGAUGCUGCUAGACCCUGGGCCAAAUAGGAAUAGCACUGUGCUUCUAAAGUGGGGAGAUGAGGUCCUGCAACAGCUGCGGUGGAAUGGGAGUUGGGUGACGAUGAGCCUCCGGAGCCAAACGGCGAAAGUCCUGCCAAUGAAAGCGAGAAAGGGCAUCAGCUAUCGAAUUAGUGACUCCCGGAAUAUGUUGGGCAGAGAACGAAAAACUAUGACAGGCAGCUGCCAGUAGCAAGGAACGUAGCAAAUGCAUAAGACAUGGCACUUUAGAUGUCCUCGCAUUCAGAAUGUGCACCACACUGUCGUUGUCCGAUCGAAAUAGAACAUGCCGCCUGCAUCAAAGGUGGCCCCAAUGGCAAUGAACUGUUCUCGCUGUGAGGGCAUCCAAGAACCAGUAAACCACAUGCCCCCUAAAUAUGCACCAAAGCCCAGAGAACCAGCUGCAUCCGAGGAAACUUCCACGCCUGCAGUAGGCGUAUUCCCUGGAAAAAGCCAGAAAUUGACCCCAUGCCAAUCUACUAGGAACUGAUGCCACCACUGCAAAUCACGAUGGAACUCCCUAUUAAGGCGGAUAGGGUGGUCCUUCUUGCGGAAGCAGCCGAGCAGGUCAAUCAUGCGGGGUAAAAAGGUGCGACCAGGCCAUACCACUUUCGCGGCAUGAUGGAGGUGACCAAUUAGGGACUCUAGUUUGCGUCUGUUGCACCAAGACCGGGCUAACCAUGAUGCAAUCAACUCCCGCAGGGCGUGGAGUUUCUCUGCUGGAAGGCGGGCCACUUGAUUGACAGAAUCCAGUUCAAUGCCCAGAACUGUAAGUACUGGGGCAGGGCCAACACAUUUUCCAGGAUGAAGAGGUAACCCUAGCUGGUCGCAAACAGCCAAAGCAGUACUGAGGUUCCUAGCACACUGAGUAGAGGCUGGGGGGCCGGCUGUGAUAAAGUCAUCGAGAUAAUGGAGUAAAUCGGAGACCUCAUAGGAAUGCACCAGAAUCCACUCAACCAUAUCCGCCACAGAGUUGAAAAUGUAAGGGGCCGAGCGAAGGCCAAAUGGAAGGGUCAAGUCAACAUAGUAGGACUCCCGCCACUUCAUUCCUAAGAGAAACCGGUCUGAUGGGUGGACUGGAAUAUUACGGUAAGCUGCCUCAACAUCAAACUUGGCCAUAAGUGCCCCUUUGCCGAGUCGGGACACCAUGCGGAUGAUUUGGUCAACUGUUAUGUAAUGAAAGGUAAACUCAUGGGCGUUGAUCCCAUUGUUGACGCUUGCACCACUGGGGGAAGAGAGGUCCACUAUCAAACGUCUUUUCCCAGGCUGACCCUUUUUGGGAAUAACCCCGAAGCUACUUAUAUGAAGGUUGGGGAGGGGAGGAGAUCUGAAAGGGCCCGCAACCCUACCCCGGGAAACCUCAUGGGCCAAGUACUCAUCAAUGACCAAGGGCUGCUGGUAGGCUGAAGGUUUGUUUUUCUUAGCUGAUUUUAGUGAAAGCGCAGGCUGAAAACCGAGCUUGAAACCAUUGCGCAAUCCGUCCAAUACAAAGUUACAAAGCUGCCGAUUCGGAUGAUUUCGCAAUUCCCAGGCAAACUGAUCCACCUUGAGGGGAGUUAUUUCCGACACCGGGGAAAGAGGCACUAGGAAAAGGAAACAAACAAUAUCAUACAGUAGCAUAUCAUAAAAGGACGGUUUAUUCGUGCUAUGUCAUUAAAGAUAGAAAGGACCAAGUAGCAACAGACAGCAAACGUUAAGCUUAAAAAAGGAGAGUUCACGUUCGCCGAGACUUGCUGGAGGAGCGGCACGGGGAUCGCGAGCGGCGGCUGGACUUGACUGGGGGCUGGGCUGGCUCUGACCCUGGGCAGUUGACAGCACGAUGUGCGCCAGAGCAGCUGGAACAGCGGUGAGCGUAACGACAUGAGGCAUAUGGGGCCACACAACGACCUUUGUUCCAUGACUUGCACAGAAUCUGUGAGGUACUUGCUCCAGCUGGUUCUGAUGAGUCAGGGGAAGAGACAUUGGGUCCACGAGCCGAGGCUCCCGCAGCAUGGAAGUUGAAUAGCUGGACGUUAAUGGAGGACCAGUCAACAACAUUUGCAGCAGCAGCAUGCUCCCGGAACGCUCUGUCAUAGGCCAGCCAGACCUUCCCGCUAAACUGACGGUAUGUCCUCAGGAUGAGUAGUUUAUACUGCAAUAGGUCUCGAGAGCGGUGCAGGAAGAAGGAGAUCAUAAUAAGGCAAUAGACAGAGAGGGCCUCCAUCCAAGUGGCGACGUCCUCAACACGGCGUUUAGGCUUCUUCGGAGUAGAGGUCAGCACAAGACGACCGUCAAACAGUAGCUGAGGCUCAGGUUCGGCAGAUGCAAUAGUCGACGGGAGCAGAUCGCCCAGGUCAAUGAACUUCCCCGCCACCACUUGGCCGACUACUUUCGCAGGAAUGGGGGAGAAGCCAGGACCGACAAUGAAGGGCUGGUUCAGCACGGGGAACGAAGUCGGGGACGAAAUGUUGGCCUGGGGCAACGUGGCAGCAGAUGAAACGCUAUCCUGGGACGACGUGGUCGCCAUGUUGGCAAUGGACAGUGAAUGCGAGGGGUUCGGGGGCAAAAAGGUCGACACAAAAGUGGGAACAACCAAAGCUGGCCUACCUUGAGCAGCAGAAGCUCCUGCGGAGGUGGAAUGUGCAGCAAAGCCCGCUCCAGAAGCAGCAAAAGCGGAGGCUUGCGAAGAUAGCAGCGAGGGAACGCCCCCAAAGGCCAUCGCACUGGACAGGCUAGCGGUCGACGAAGAUUGGCCUGAGUUUGGCAGGGCCGUAGAAGCUGGGCAAGGUACCGAAGCCUGUUCCGCCGCCAGAGCAGCCUUCACAGCUUGCACAACCGUAGCCAGAAACUCCGGGGACGGUUGAGAUGGUGGAUUCGUGGCAGCAGAAGCAUUGGCAUCCCCAGGAGGCGAAGCAUUGCUCGCAGACGCCCCGGCAACAUCACAGGAAGACGGACGAUUCGCAUCGGCUUCAACCUCGACGAGUGGCGUCGCUUGACUAUUUUGAGUAGAACGAGGCAUGACGGAAAAAUGCUAAUGAAUCCGCAAAGAUUCGCUCACAGAAGCAGUGAUCGCAACGAUCGCUAGCAAGCAAGGCUGUACGUAGUUUGCCCCUCCCAACUCCAAAGGGGCGCCCCCACGGAUCAUGUGCAAACUGGGCGAGACCGCUGGCAGCAUUAGCUCGAGAUUAACCUUGCCUAAAUUACAUUUAGCCACAUUUCAAUUCUAUUACAGUUGAACCUCCACUAAUGGCCACUUCUCUACAAUGGCCUUUUUUUUUUUGGUGGACAGUCCAUACAUUGACUCUUGUUUCAACCUUUCUACAAUGGCCACUUUUUUUCUGUCCCCAAGGUGGUCAGUGUAAAGAGUUUCAACUGCCGUCUUUAUUCACUGUUAAAGGCGGAGUCUCAUGAGCUGCGCAUGCUUGGGAAGUCAAUGUCAAUCUUGCUCUUCCCACUCUCGUUUGAAUUGUAUUUAGUGAAAAAGGGCUCAGUUAGCCUGUUCCAGGCUCUCCGAUAGUGGGAGAGAGCAAAAUAGUGGGGAAGACAUGAAAGUCAAAGGCACUCAAAAAGUUAGUCUUAAUUCAACUGCCCCAUCUAUCUCCGAGCCUGGAACAGGCUUGGGCUCAAUAGGCAACACACGACUUUUACUUCCCACCAAAAUGCUGCUUGUUCCGUAAGUGUUCCCUCUCUAGCGGGUAGAUUAUGCUCUGGAGGGUUCUGAAUUUUGACUGAGCAAAUUCAAUAUGUGAUUUUUGCCACUUGUUUCUCACUGAGAGGUCGUGACACACAUAUUGAUUUUCUCCUGUGGUUUUAUUUUUUAUAGUCGGCAAUCUUAAGCCAAUCUUUCUUAUACUACUUAUGAACUUAUGAUCAGAAAUCGUCCUUUUGAAGCCCAAAUUCUAUCCUUUAACGGUAUGGCCACCGAGGGGAGGGGGGUUACUCAAAAAACUUUUAUACAGGGAGGCUCUGCCCGGAAAUCCAACCCCUUACCCUUUUAUAUACCAUUUUUUCACGAAAAGGGUGCCCCUCUUUCAUAUACCUUCCUGUCGACAAAUGGUAUCUCUUUUAACUGUUGUAAAUGCAUUGUCAUUUAAAUAGGAAUCAAUCCUAAGAAUAGAACGUUUUCCCGCCUUUAUAAAGCCUUAAAAUUCUUCUGUUCGGCCCUUUGGGCCCUUUCGCAGACCCAAAUGACAGAUUUUCCUACCCUUUCAUAUACUUCAACGAGUAAAAUCCCUACCCUUUCAUAUACCUGAAGCCUGAAAAAGGUACCCCUUUAGAGCGGAGCCUUCCCGUAUAACCCCUUUAUAGGGAGUCCCCCCCACCCCCUUCCACCGGGUAUGGCCGGCUCCACCACUUUUGGCCACCAUCUUGUUUUUGUCAGAUAAAUCUUGAAAAAGUUUGGGGAAUUUUUCAAGCGUUGCGCUUUGGCUCGCACAAGCACAGUUCGUGAGAUUUACCCUUUGAGUUUUUUUUUAGUUAUUUGCCUCGAACCAGCGGUUUUGUUCUGGCACAUUUUGUAGAGUGGUGAGUCAUAUAACUUCCUGGACAACAAAGCAACAAAUUAUCAACCGGUCAAGAUAGAAUUAAAGACACUUCUGGUGUUGAUUUAAGGCAAUGAUUUUUAAUGAUGACCUAAUUCCUUGUAGUUGCUGCAUUUCUCUGGAUGUAAGCUUAAUGAAGCAUGUACUAUAGUGAUCAGAGGUGCUACUCAGCAGAUUCUUGAUGAAGCAGACCGAUCUUUGCAUGAUGCAUUGUGUGUCCUAACACAGACAGUCAAGGAAACAAGAACAGUGUGUGGAGGAGGUGAGGAGUUAGGAUUUAUUUGCUACAAUGAGUCACUUUGAACUGUAAAUCAGCCAGGGCCAAGUUGUUCGAAGCUGGGUUAAGAUAACCCUACCCUGGGUGCCAGAGACUUUUCAUGCGCGGUUUCCGGUUUCCGGUUGCGGAAAAGUCUUAAAAAGUGACCCGCUUCGCCGCUCGUGUCUUCUGCCGAUGGAGCUCUUCGUCACUCGCGAGAAAAAAUCUCUGGUACCCAGGGUUAGUGCGAAAGUUGAACUCAGCUACAAGAGCUUAAAAAGCAAAUUCAGAUUAAUUCACUUUGCCUACAAUUUGAUGAUUGGAUACUGUAAAAAGAAUAGAGAAAAUUAUCCGGGAGAGUGCUUUUGAUAAAAAGAAAAAGAAACCCGGGAUAAAAUUUAAUUCCGGGUUAGCGCUAACCGGCGUUCGAACAACUGGAGCCAGGAUGUUAACAGAGAAGGGGGUGGGGCAUUGCAAUGCCUUUGAAAGUCAUACGGCUGGCAGGGCAAAGUAUGUUCCUCGACGUUUUGUAAACCAAUUAUAGACAAAACAACAAAACUACCAACAUGUUCCUCAUACCAGAUUAUUAUUGAUUGGCUAUGCAGUAUUGCUAGAUAUUGUUUUAGAACAAAAUCUAUUGAUUAACAAAGUUGCCUUGAAGAUUUGUAUGAAAAAACUGUUUGAUAGACUGCCCAUAAAAUGUGAAGAACUUACAGUAUAUUAACAGGUUUUGGCUUGAAUUAUUCCAUUGCUUAUUAUACGUAGUAUGCUGAGGUGAGAAGAUACAAGAUAAAGAUCAACUUCAUACUGCAAACUACCGCUGACUAAAUGGGAAAACAGUACUAUGACUAUCAAACAGGGGCACCCAACGGUUCCUCCUAAAUAAUUUGAAAACACUUUUAAGGCUCAGUAUCCAGAGUACUUUAAGCUAUCUAGAAAUGCAUUCUAAGCGGAGCUAUAAAUGUUCGGUCACCCUAGGGGAACUUAAGACUUUUCGAAAUUACCAGGGUUUGAGAGUUAUUUUUCCGAAAAUUUUUAGGUGAAAUUUGACGUAUAACGAAAGUGAGAUAUUUUCUGAUUCUUAACGCCAUCACAUUUUUGAAUCCAAAAAAUUUAGGUUCCCUUUUUUUCUACCAAAAAUAGCCCGACUGGGGAAGUUAAAAUGUGAAAAUUAAGCUUCAGAAAAUCGUAGGGAAUUUAUACGAUAUGCUUCGAAAAUUGUACAUGAAUGGAACAGUCAUCUAGAAAUUUUUAGCCGUCCUCAGGUAAUAGAAAAUUCCAGGCAAUAUUUGCUUCUCCGAACAGAUAUUUAAUACCCUUCGCUUCACCUGGCAGCAGAUCAAAUAACCUUUAUCAACUCUGGUCCAUCUAAAAUCGCUACUUAGCACGUAAAUUAAAAUGUAUUUAAGAUGUAGAAUAUUAAUCUUGUAUACAUAUAAGCAUGUCUUUCUAUUAUCAAUGAUAUAAGUAUAACAAAAUGCGGAAAAACGUAAAAAUGAACCACAUAAACGAACAAGUUUCUUAAAAUCUAACUUUUUCAAUGGUGUUUUGAUGUUUUCUAAGUUUUCUUCCAAACGUACAUUAUUUAGCAUGAUAAUGAUGGCAGUGUAACGAAAAGGUUUCAGAAGCCCGCUUCAGCCCAAAAGCUGUAAUAUUGGCUUUAAGCAAUGGUAUGAUUCCUGAUGACCGUGCCAAAAUGGAUUUAAGAAAGUUAACUUGUCAUUUUAUGCCUGUAAAGCUGUUCAGUGAAUACCUGUUUAAUACCAUUGGGGUUUUUAUAGCCAUUUGUGGAAAUUUCUUACAUUGAUGAUAAAGCCGAAGAGAUCAGUGUCUUUUGUUAGUUGGUCUGUGUGGUGUCCUUAUCUUCUUUUUGUUAUUGACCAGGUGCGUCCGAAAUGUUAAUGGCUAAUGCAGUUUCCCAGCUUGCUGCAAAGACUCCAGGAAAAGAAGCAGCAGCUAUGGAAGCUUUUGCAGCCGCACUUAGACAGGUUAGUCAAUACAUGUACUUACGCUCAACAAACUGUAUUGCAUUCAACAACUUUUGAAAUGUUUUUAUUUAUUGAUUUGUUUACUUACAAGUAUGAUGUCUGUAAUAGGAGCAUUUGUAUUAUUUGUCCUCAGCUUCCAACCAUUAUUGCCGAUAAUGCAGGUUAUGACAGCGCUGAUUUAGUGGCCAAACUUCGAGCAGCGCAUACAGAAGGAAAGAAAACCUAUGGACUAGGUAGACAUUCUUAUUCCUUUUCACUGACCGGGUUGUUUCUUGUAGUAAUAAAAGAGAAGCUUGAAGCCUCUUUUGAGGUAUGAUUCAGUCUCACUAGUUAUACAUGUGGAUAGUAGCUAGCCUGCGUAGCAGCAGCCGGCGCCGGUUCUUAAUUUUUACAGGCCCGCGCGAGGCAAGAGUACAACGUAACUUAAAUAUAAUACAAUGGCUUUUGAUUUUCUCUGCAAUUUAUGUGGUCAUGGGAAAUCGAAGUAAAGAACUUCCACCACCAGUUGAAAAACAAUAAUAUUUCAUGUGCUUAGUUCCAGAAGUGCAAAGGUCGUAGUUAACUGUAUGCACGAGUAGGGUUCGACUGUGAAUGGCGUGGUAGUAGUUGCCAUUAACUUUAAAACGCAGCAGAUAUCGCCCUCGUCCUAACCUUAAGUCGUGUACUAUUGAUGUUCAUCACCGGAGUCAAUGGUGAGCCGACUGGCAGUGAAAAUAUUACCUUGGUUAGUUUGACAUGGGUUUGUCAUUAUUUAACAUAAGCAUGCUAUUGUCUUACAUUAAUCUGUUAUUUUCAGAUAUGACCAACGGUCGCAUUGGAGACAUGUGUGAGAUGGGUGUGACCGAGUCUUACCAAGUCAAGAAGCAAGUGCUUACGUCAGCAGCAGAGGCGGCUGAGAUGAUCGUCAGAGUUGAUAACAUUGUCAAGGCAGCCCCGAGGUAA